UUUGAAUUUGAUGAAUAUUUUUUUUCCUAGUAGAAAAAUUACAAAAAAAUUAAUAGAAAGUAGUGCCCCCUCAGCAAGCAUUUAUCAGUCUGAAAAUCGAAUGUGCAAAAACAGUGUUUCAGCGUCGUACAUUCACGUGUUGGAUAAGGUGCUGGUGAACGAUCCCGUAAACCGGAUGUGUUUUUGGAGUUUCUGUCGUGAAGAUGAACAAAUUAAUAACCUUAACCAUGCCAGAAAGGGUUGAUUGCUGUUAAGGGGAACAAAAGCAUAGAGGUAUGCAUCGAUAUGACAAUCACUAGCUUACUCGUCAGUUACGGUCGCCGAAGGGUGUUGCCCAGAGGCAAAGCAGAAUUCACAUGCUCACUUGUGACGAGAAGGACUGCUCCGGACGUUUUUGGUCGUGGCCGUCGACCUGAAUCAACCUAAACUACUAUUCGGAUUUUUCGUAACAGGGACGGCGCUAUUCGCGACAUCUUGAGCAUCCUCAUCGGCGACGAACAUGAAGCAGCUUCCCUUUUCCGCAUCCACCGCACUGGGAUCCAGCAGAGAAAUGCCGCAAGUCUCCGACUACACAGCAGGUGAAGUCAGCGAGGACGUAUACCCAUCACCCGCUCGGAAAGGUGCACUUCAUCACGGGGUCCGAGUAGGAAAAUGCGAGACGGAAGACACACCUCCAGAUUUUACCCCUCUGGAGAAUUCUGGCGAUUCACCCCACCUUGGCUCUGCCGCUUUACGGCAGCGAGAUGGAUACUUGAUGAACACAAGUAAGGACAGCUCGGCAUCUUUCGCUGAGUUACUUACUUGGAGUGGGGACCGUGAUCGACCUUCUUCGGGACAGGGGCGUCGCGGAGGUGGUCAGGACUUCGAAUCUGGGGUCUUCCCCUUACAACCAUCGCAGCUAAUGGUAAGCGAUCAUGAUCUCCCACAGAGGCCUGGUGUCGAGCUUGGGAAUGUUGGUUUUUUGCGUCUGCCACAAGACGUUCACCGCCCCGCAUCCUCAGGGAGCGUACGUGCUGGCCUACAGCGUGCGAAUAUGCAGGGAGACCAACAAUUGACAGAUUCGAACAGCGCUAGUACACAAAGCUUUGAGGUGAAGCGGCAUUUCUUCUUCAACACGUGGUGGUCCAUGCUGCUCGUACCACUCACCUUUCUCGCGAUUCUGGUGCUGUGGCUACCAAUAAAGUACCUAAUAGUAGCCUUCGUAUUGGAAUUUUUUUUCGGUUGCGUCAUCCGCUCGCUGUUGAUUGCUUUCCACUUCUUGGUAAUUCGUCCUCUGAAACUGUACCACUAUCGCAAGAGAGGACGAGCUACUCUUGUAAAAAUCGCACCUUGCACAACUCGCACGCGUGCGGCCGUCCUGCAGAAGCACUUCCGGCUUCGUCCCAUCUAUCUGACCGACGAUUCGUGUGAAAUCCCACCACCCGAAGGUGCCAAGAUCAGCUCCUCUGGAGUGUUGGACAUUCGCCACACGCGUUCUCGGCAGCCUUCUCCCAUAGACGCUCAUCCGCCAACACCGCGUCGCUCGCCAAGAGGAGUUCUCGCUCGACGUGCAGGUGAAGAACCCGAUGACACCCGACAGUUUCUAUCAUCUAACCCAGAAGCUAUAUUAUCUGUCGAAGAAAAAGCAUCACUCCUUGCGUCGUCGCGCAGCAGCAGGUCGCGAUAUCAAGAAAGCGAGACCCUGUUGCCUCCGAGCUCCGGUUUACACUUACCCACCCCAGCUACAGGUUCUCUGUUAGGAGGCAUGGAAAUGACAAGCCACAAUCGCGAUAUUUUCACAGUUGAGGACGAGGAUGACAAUGAUAUCGCAUUGCGAAAGCGUGUGUACCGGUAUCGCACUGCUGUUGUGCAGUACUUCAUGCAAACAGCGAACGGGCAUCGCAGCGUCUACUACCUUGAGAACCCCGCGGAUUGCAAAUUGAAGAAGUAUGAUUCUGGCACCUCCGUAAGACACGAUGUUCCGAGAAGUAGGUUGAGUACGACGAAGAGGAAUAGCACUUCUAGGAGUAGUACAACAGGCAUUUCUUCGACUACCGCUUCUACGGGUGGGGCAAGUUGUAUGCCACCGCCACCUGGUAGUUGCAUAUGUGUGCGAUGCGUGCUCCAGGAGUUGGAUCGUUCACGGCCUGGGUGGAUGGGAUUGCGGUUGCGCGUGCUUUUGGCUAAGCUUCGGAGUGCGUUCUGGUACGGCAGAUGGGAUCGGUUUGCGCGCUUAGCGCCUUCUCCCGCCCGCGACAUCGACGAGGGUGACGCUCUAGAGAUGGAGCUUCACCGAUUCCCCGCAUCUCCAUGUCGUGGAUCACCUUCUACCAAUCAAGCGAGAAAUCAAAAUAGAGAUACGUCUGCUCCUGCUUCAGCUUCUGUCGGUGAUCUUUCGCAACCCGCGUUGUCUUCUUUGGAUAAAGAAGCUCCGUCGUACUCGUUGCUUCAGCAAAAAUUCCACCAAAUUUUGGGCACAACAGGUACUUCUAUCUCGUCCGGCAAUAAUUCAGCAUUCUCCAGUAGUUCAUCCACCGCUCCGACUAGCGGAGGAGAAGAGCAAGAGGCUGGAAUAUCCUCUUCAUGUUUGAGAGAAUAUUCGGAGGAACCAGAUGAGCUAUCACAAGGCGGAAUACUGAGUUGCGAAGAACAAGAGAUCGAGGAUGAAGGUUUGAUUCCCGUUCGCCGUGAUUUUCCAGUAAGCGCUUUUCGGUCUGCCGGGCGUCGUCGGCUCUCGUCGAAGAAGAAGAGGAACAGCAGACGUGAACUACACAAGGAACAGGCUAGCUUUUCAUCCGCUACUUUCUCAUCUUCUUCGCUGGCUGGUAAGGAUGGUUCAGGGUCACUGGCGCGGACAAAACGUCAUUAUCUCGACGGAUACGACAUGCCAGGCAGUUUCGCGCAUGAUUAUCUUAUGACCAUGCUUCACGUCUUUCUUGCCAUGGUGCAUGUCGACCCACUGUCAAGGGGCUCUUUGUCCAUUUGCCGGCUGUUCACGGAUGCGAGUUUCUUUUCUGUCUUGCCCUUCCGAAGCGAGCUGUUCAUGGUAGGGUUUUUCUAUCAAAACUCGUCGGUCUAUGCAGACCGUCUCGAAGCAGAGCAGGCGCGGCAAAAGCUCCAAGAAGCACAAACGCAACAGCAACAAAGCCUGGGUCGGCCGCUCGCUAGCUCGAAGUCUAGUCCAUCAUCGAGCAAGCCAAUUUCAUCGAAUUCGAUAACUGCGUUAGAAACCACCUCGCUGGUAGGAAAAGCUCAGCGUUCUCAUGUGUUUCAUGAUGCAACGAUACACUCGAGUAGCAGCAAAACGACUCUGGCUUCUUCUAGCGCAAGUUCUCUAGGUUCAUUGCUUCACGCCAGCGAUGCAUUUGGCGGCCCUGGUUCAGCUGCUUCCAGUCGUGAUGGGGCAGGGGUCGCAGGUAGGACCAAACUCCGGACGAAACAAUGCGAUAAGGAGUCGUAUCUUAGGCACUACUGGAUGUUUCCCAGACGGCAGGCCCCGGAGUCUCUCCAAAAGCAGUUUGACAGUGGUGGCGAAGCUGCAGUACAAAAUUACGUGGACACCCACCUUGACGACGCGGAAGAGCUGGGCCGGAUGUUGAUUGCAGAUCCGGAAAACACAAAGGUGCUAGUGCAUCUUCAUGGAGGUACUUUUCGACUAUGCAUUCUUGUGAAGAUCAACGACAGGAUUGCAUGUACUUAUAUAUAAAAAUAUGAAUUUAUCAGGUGGUUUCAUUCUAUCAUUUUUGCAAAUGCAACAGUGACGUUCGCACCGGAUCAACAUCAGAAUCAGGUCUACUUCCAUUCCAAUACUCAGGUGGUAUGUUUUUCUGUGAUGCAGACAGUGCAAUGACAGUCUUCAUGGCUUGGCUGUGCCGGUCUUGCAAUGUCCCAUGUCUUCUCGCGAAUUUUCGCCGUCCGCCCACAGUCGACGUGGCGACGACGGUGAGCGAUGCUACUCAUUUGGUAACAGAAUACUUGCACCAUCAGUGCGGUAUACCAAUGGAGAAUAUCAGCAUCAUUGGAGACAGUGCCGGAGGUCAGCUUGCCCUGCAGGUCGUCUUGCGGCUGCUGCGUGCACGAGAAAAAGGGAGUCGACCACAACUGUCAGCAAUAAGCAUGUUGUCGUCGCAGCAUCAUGAACAAACUGAAGGAAGAGAUUUCUAUGCUCCUGAAGAGCGAUUGCAAUGGCAGGUUGCUUCGUGCGAGCGCGUUUUGGACCGUCUGAUUGUUUUGUCGCCCUGGUGCGACCAAGGAGCUGACGAGUCGAACACGCCGAGCUUCAACUCCAAUCGACACUGCGACAUGAUCCAUCCCGAAACCAUCAAGUACAUCGGCUCGUGUGUCGCAGCUGCGUGCAACCGUCAACCAAACGACCCAGUUCUUAGCGCCUUCUACGCUCCGGAAUUUGACAGGCCAAGAACAUGGGGUGCAACAGGCUCGAAUAACGAAGAUGAAGGAGCGUUCGAGUUUUUCGACGCUAUGCCGCCAUUAUUGAUUCAGUCAGGGGAAACGGAGGCUCUGCGGGACGUGCACGUGAACCUCGCGGAGCGCCUAUCAGCCGCUGGCGCUGCUGAUGUUACCCUGCAAGUCUUUCAGGAUGCGGCUCACAUUGGUCACCUUCUCUACGCAUUUCAUCCUGUAGCACUGCGUGCGCUUUACGAAAUAAAGGCGUUUCUGCAAGAUGCCUAG